AUGUACAUUAACGGGUCCGGUCGGGAUUACUAUGAGUUUUACAUACAACUCAACCGAUGCGGCACUCUAGGGAGAAACGGCCAGCAUGAAGAUAUAAAGGAACAUCCCACUAAGAACCUGAUGUGGAACACGAUCACCGUUCAAUACAAUCCGCUUAUUGAAGAGGAGCUGGACGAACACUUCAAAGUCACUUGCGAAUAUGGUUACGACUUCUGGAAGACUGUUACAUUUCCUUUUCUCGACGUUGAAGUGGCAACGGGCAACCCGGUGGUGUUCACGCUGCAGCCGCCGGAAUGCUACAUGGAGAUCCGAGCGGGCUACGGCGCGGGCGGCGCUCGCAUCUCAGGCCCUGUACGCGUCGGGGACCCGCUGACGCUCCUCAUCUACAUGAGGAGCGCUUAUGACGGAUUCGACAUCGUGGUGAACGAUUGUUUCGCGCAUAACGGUGCCACAAAGCGAAUACAGCUAAUUGAUGAAAACGGUUGUCCAGUAGACGAGAAGCUGAUCUCACGGUUCCGAGGCUCGUGGUCUGAAUCUGGUGUGUUUGAGACGCAGGUGUAUGCGUACAUGAAGACGUUCCGUUUCACGGGCUCACCCGCACUCUACAUCGAAUGUGACGUUAGGAUGUGCCAAGGGCGAUGUCCCUCGCAACCGUGCCAUUGGCGCAACAUGAAGAGUGUAAGGCGGCGUUCGGUCUCAGGCGGAGCGGGCAGCGUGGCGCGCAGCGGCGCGGGAGCCGGAGCCGAGCCCGCUGCUGUUGCGCCGCGUCUCUCCGAAAACAUUUCGCUAUUCCAAUCCCUGCGAGUGCUACAGGAAGGCGAGGAGGAUGCUGAAAUGGCUCCAAGCAAAGCCGCAGCCGAAGGUCAAACGUGUAUUAGAACAUCCGCUUUAUCCGCUAUGGUGGCGACUUGUGGUGCAUUAGUAGCAGCGUUGUGUGGUGCUCUACUCGUUCUAGCUCGAGGUUGCAGGAGAGAUAGUGCUACGAACACGCCUCACCAUGCCUACGUACCGCACAAGGGAAGAAUAAAAUAG